AAAAUACAAGAAAUAUUAGAAUCUUAACCCAAUUUAUAUUGAGAGUUUUUUUCCUACUUGUGAUGUGAACUAAAGAAAUUAUACUGUGACUUUUUUAAAAUAAAUUAUGAAAUGUCAUUUUCUUACAAGCUUGAUAAUAAAUUGUUUACUGCUAAGAUGCGUAUCCUCGUUUCCAUUUUCACAAGAAAAUAAUCUUUCAAGUAAAAAUCACGAAGAACUUGACCCAGAAGAUGAAAACUCAGCAAACACUUCGUUGACCCGUCUGCUUCAGCAAAACAGCGAGUUUAUUGGACAGGAUUUACUGCGUAACAUUCUAGGAUUAAAAGUUUUCAAUCGAGCAAGCGUCAGCUCUACAGAAAAAGGACUAACAGAGCUCACAAAUGAUGAAACAUUGGAAAAUGAGGAAAUCGAUGAUUUGAACCCAGUAAAAAUAAUGGAUGACUCAAAAUAUAUCAGCGGAAGUUAUGAGUCUCGAGAUACAAUUGGACCAUCGGAUGAAAUCGUUGGUAACCCGGCUGGAUAUUUUGAAAAGAUACCCAAAAUACGAAACAAGAGUAAAGCCUCCAAGAAAUCGGAAGGUAAACUGAAUUCGGUUAGUAGGAAAAAGACAAAAUCCUUCCAAUCUCCUAGAAUUUUUUCUGAUUCUAAGGCUGGUCGAGAGAUGACAACAGAUGAUACCAGCUUCAUCACAGAUGAUACCAGUUCAAUUACAAAAAAUACCAGCUUGAUUACAAAAAAUACCAGCUUGGUCUCAAAUAAUACCAGCUUAGAUGACGGGCAUGUACUCAUGGUUUUAGAUGCAACCAAUAACAACACUCAGUUGGAUCCUUUGUACGUGGUGAUCCAAUCAAAAGACGGCAACCUUACAUCGGUCAUCAAUAAUAACAUUUUCAAAACUCGUGCAAAACUGUUCGAUUUGAUUAACAAAAUAGAUUGCCACAACAAGUCAACAGUAGCACCAUCUACCACUACGAUUAACAAUGAAGGAUGUGAUGGUCCAACACAUUCAACUAGAAAAAUUCAAACUUUUGAGAAUAAAAACUGUGAAACGAGCACUGAAGAAAUUACAGAAAAAACACACUCAACCAGAAAUACUUGUAAGGUUCCCGAUGAUCAAAUUCUGGAUCCUGUCCCAUCUGAGCCAACAGUGGAUAAGCAUAGACAAACAACAAGCUCUCACUGUGAAGAUGACAUUGGGUUGAAGCCGAUGUUUCUUAAAGUUUAUGUACCACUGUCAGUUCAACUUGAACCAUUAUUGGCCUCAGGAAGGAAACAAUAUGUUAUAAAAUCAAUUUCCAUUGACAAUUCGAAUGACUACAAAAGCAUAUUUGGCAGUGAUCAGUAUGAAGUAUGAUAAUCUGUCAAUAUAGUUUGAGGACGUACUAUUCUAAUAAGUAAUUUUUGUUUCUAAGUCAAUGCUGUUAUAGGCAGACCGAUGUACCGAGAAAAAUGUUAUGAGAAUAAAUGGUAGCUUGAUUGUCAGAGAGGAAAUUUUUGAAUCUAUUUUGAAAAUAAUGAAACAUUUUUCCAAUUGGAGAAUUGCGUGGUUCAGCUAAUAUGGCAAAAAGUUUGAGGAUGAUAUCAAUUAGUGUCUUACUCUACAAUGGAACUUGAGAAAAAGGAAUUACAGUAUAUUUGAAAUUAUCAGUAAUUAUUACUUUGAAGUUAUACCGCUUAUCAUUAUGUGGAGGAAAUUGGAAAAUCACUUGGCCUGAAAAUCUGUAUUACUGCUCUCAAUCAUGAAGGAGAAUUAGUAAAUCCCGGGCCACUUAUCAUGCACCGUUCCUGUCCCACUCCGAUCCGAUCAGGGAUGACAAUGGCCUAGAACGGUGCAUGCCACACAUGUCUUUUACGUGAUCUGUCCCACCACUAUCCCUCCACCCCACAGAAAUAUCGGGCAUAAGUAUACCCAUCUAUCGGACAUAGUAUCGGAUAAGUAUAUCGGACAUAAUCAGUGUUGAAUUGAAUAAAAUGAUUGAUUAUUGA